CACAACAAAAGGAGCUCACGGUAGUUAAUAUCAGUUUCCCGAAUCCUGUCGAAGCAAUGGCUCUCCGAACGAACCACGCGCUUCGUCAUCCUUUCUUGUCACCGCUUCUCUCGAGCAAGCCCUCCGUUCGGACCGGCAAAUUCUCAGUCCGCUGCUCUAGUGUCGACUCCCAUGAGGCUCGCAAGUUGGUUUUGGAAGCAAAGGAGAAGCUUGAAAAAGAUUGCUGCAGUCUUCCUGUGGGUAAGAAUGGAAGAGAUGAUGAAGACAUGAUCUACUGGUUCUUGAAGGACAGGAAGUUUGUCGUCGAAGAUGCGGUUGCGAAGCUGACUAAAGCUAUUAAAUGGCGUCAAGAGUUCAAAGUGUCCGAGUUGACCGAAGAAUCCUUGAAAAGCAUAGCGGAAACUGGAAAGGCAUAUGUGCAUGACUUUCUUGAUGUCAAUGACCGCCCUGUGCUCCUAGUGGUGGCGUCGAAGCACUUUCCUGCCGUUCACGAACCUAUUGAAAAUGAGAAACUGUGUGUGUUUUUGAUUGAAAAGGCACUGAGCAAGCUUCCAGAUGGAAAAGAAGAGAUUCUUGGGAUAUUUGACCUUCGAGGAUUUGGUACUGAGAAUGCAGAUCUUAAGUUCUUGACCUUUAUGUUUGAGGCGUUUUACUAUUACUAUCCCAAGCGGUUAGGACAAGUCCUCUUUGUGGAAGCCCCAUUUGUCUUCAAGCCGAUAUGGCAACUAGCAAAGCCCCUGCUGAAAUCAUAUGCAUCUCUGGUGAGAUUUUGCUCUGCGGAGACAGUCAGGAGUGAAUAUUUCACAGCAGAAACACUGCCAGCUGACUUCAGGGAGUGAGGCGUCGUUGAUCAUCUAAUCUGCAUCUCCCUCAGCUCUCUGGCAAGCAGUUGUAGACGGAAAAUUCCUUUCAUGCCUGAUAAGCCAUCGAAGAUUAUCAUGUUCCUCACUUCAACAUCGACUCUCGUUCCCUGCGGCAUGCUAGUGGGCCACCAGCAAACGAGAUCCUGAAGAGAAGCGCAUAAAGAACGCGACCAGACCUCUCAA